CAGUGCGCACAAGCUCCCGCUCGUUUCAACAACAUCACCUCUCCUUAAGAAUGCCUCCCAACGUGGCAGAGCUCGACAUUGGCCCUCAAAAUCCACCGUACGAGUUCAAACUCGACGAGCAAAACCGCGAAACAAAUGAGCAGAUCUCCGCGACCCAAGAUGUGCGCGAACAGGAACGAUCGUCCCCGAGACCUGGAUCGAUUCACAUCCCGUUUCUAGACCGCCUACGAGCACUACCUGAAGUACGAGAAAUCCCGUGGCGACCAGGGCAGGAGCUACCUCCUGACAGAUCAAUUGAUAGCCCGCGGGUGCAGCAGCGAGGUGCGAUUCUUCUUAGCACGCGAGGCGCUGUCGCUCCUAUCCCAUGCGAACACUGUGCUGCUGGUUAUGGUCGUUUUUCAAGUUGUAUUACAUUGGACCAGUGGUUUCAGGGUGCUUGCUCCGGGUGCAUCUUUACCUCGAAAGGCAACAAAUGUAGUCUCAGGGCCCUCGUCUCAGGAACGGCGGACGGGAGAGCCCUGCGAUACCAUACAGAUAAUCCAGCCAAGCUGCAGUCCUACAUACGCAACGCAGCAGAGAACCCAAAACCUCCGAAGAAACGCAAAAGACGGUCUGCCCCGUCCCAGAUGCAGUCCGCGGCUGAACCUUCCCACACGAGCUCAUUCUCCCAUGUGGCUUCGCCGCAAGCGAUCUCCUCAAGUACAGAUCUGGAUACGUUGUUGCAAGCCGAAAUUGCUCGCGAGCAGUCAUCCGGGCAGCACGAUGUCAUACAUACGGAAAAGAAGCAGUAUAAGCCGCAUAACCCGUCUCAGCCCAAUGUUGCAAAGGUCCGUGGACCUAUCAUAGGCGCUGCCCCCAGUCCUUAUUCCAACGAAGCUCGAAAGUUCAUUCUAGAUGAAUCAAGUCCCCGAGAUCCGGCUACUAUACCGACUGAACGGUCAGUGUUGCCCUGGUCUGCGCAGCAAGCCCUUUCCGAAGAGAAGAAGUCUGUUACUUCUGGGUCUACUACCCUACCAUACCUCUCUGGAUAUAGCAAGACCACCUCAACGCCCAUGAUUGAUACUCUACCCAAGGCAAAGCAGCGUCAAAUCUUCAGUGUUAUAAGUGGACUGCAAGGGGGAAUUGAUCACCUCCAGAAGCAGUUGGAUGCUCUCAAAGCGUUGCUGGGAAUUGACGAUGAGGAUGAGACUGAGCCGCGCUGAUUUCUAAGUCGGGAAUUCUGUUGCUUGGCUUGUGUUACUCCAAAACCGAUACGCGUGCGAAGGCAGUGGUAAGAAUUUAGAGGCGGCAGGCUCCAUUACCAGUUCCUAAUGAAGCAGCUGAUGAAUCUCUCAAUAAUGCUGUGUCUAGCCUUGUAUGGGAGAUCACGCCGUGGGGGAUGGCAUUAUUGCACCAACAUUUUCGUUCCUCUCAAGCUCUGUUAGACCUUGCCACAAAGUUCGUCACCAAUCAAAUCUGAAGUGGCCAUAGCUUUCACGCUCUGCGGAGGGCGUUGCCGGGCUGUGCGAUGGGUUCAUCCGACUUCCUAGCGAAUAGAUCCUUAAUGUUAUUUAUUGCAACCUUGACCAAGGGUUCGUUGCCAACCGGGAAAACUGCCACGUUU